AUUGAGGUUUCACCCCCCCCCCCCCCUCUCCAAAAAAAGAAAAAAAGAAAGUUGAUAACUGUUGUUGUUUUUUUGUAUUCCGUAUUUUCUUUGAUUGCUUGUUUUCAGUGAAAAUUCAGUUACGAUUUUAAAACUUUUGACCAAUCGUCAUCCAGCGCUGCAGGAAGUUUCGACGCGUUAAAAUAUGGGCGUGGUUCUACGAUGUGUUUAUAUUGUGGGCGUGGUUCCACAAUUACAGAUCGAGAUUGAGAGUUUACCGUUCUCACGCUUUCCCUCCAUUUAGAUUACAAAAUCAUGGCUUAUCCAGGUGGAAAUCAAGGACAGAACCCUUUAGCGCAGUAUGCUGGGGUGUAUGGACCUCCUCCUACUGGAGCUCCAGCACCAGGACAAGGGUACCCGGGGCAAGCCCCACCUCCUGCCGGCCAGCAACCUCCUCACCAGGGCUAUCCUGGCCAGCCACAGCAAGGUUUCCCACAGCAAGCUCCCCAAGGCUAUCGACCACAGGCUCCACCCCAGGCUCCACCCCAGGGAUAUAACCCGGGACAGUAUGGACAACAACCAGGUUAUGGUGCUGCCGGUGUACCACCAAGUGGCCAGCCACAAGGCAUGCCCCCUGGAAUGAGCCCAGAUGUUUACUCCUGGUUUGUGGCUGUAGAUCAAGACAACACUGGCAAGAUAGAUUCCAGGGAACUUCAGCAGGCCCUUACCAACGCCAACUGGUCUAAAUUUGAUGAGGCCACCUGCAAGCAAAUGAUCGGAAUGUUUGAUAGAGAUAAGAGUGGUACGAUAGAUGCCAGCGAGUUCUCCCAACUAUGGAAUUACAUCCAGCAAUGGAAGCAGGUCUUUGAAGGGUUCGACAGGGACCGGUCUGGAGGCAUUGAUGCUAAUGAACUCAACACAGCUCUGAAUCAAAUGGGAUACCACCUGUCCCCUGCCUUCAGCCAGAUGGUGGUCCAGAAAUAUGACACUGUCCACCACAAGCAGAUAGGACUCGACCACUACAUCAAGCUGUGUGCUGUCCUUAACAGCUUGACCGCUUCCUUCAGACAGAGAGAUACUCAGAUGACUGGAAGUAUUAACAUCAACUAUGAAGAUUUUAUGAUGGUUGUAUUGUCUUCUCAACCAUGAUGUGAUUUUUUUUUUCUUUUCCAUCAUGAACUUUGUUUUUCAGGGAGAAAGCACAGAUUUUGUCAAUGAUUUGUCUGAUGACCAAAGAAAAUUUACUAGUCGCUUUCAAUUGGUAUUCAAAAUUAGAACCAUAUUUUGUUUAUUUUGUUAUGAUGAGGGAGGGGAAGGGAUUAUUAAUUAAGAUUAGUAAUUGAGUUAUGAAAGGAACCAAUGAAAUGAACUUGCCAAAUGAAAAAUCAUAUUUCCGCAACAAAUCUAAAAAAAGAGCUCCCUUGAAAAGAAAAAGUAGUAUACAGGCUUUUAGAGUAGACUAUAAGGUAAGAUGUUUCAGAUUGAAAGGGAUUCUUAACUUUCAAAAUUAAGUGUGAAAUACAAAAGAAUAAUGAUAAGUGCUUUAUGUCUCUUAAUUUCUUCAAAAUUUGUUUGAUUUGCUUUGUAUAAAAGAAGGACGUGCAAUGUCCCGAAAUGGUGAUAAUUUCUGUGUUUUGCUUAGUUUAGACUUAAUUUACUGCCUUCUAAAAAUACUCUAUUCUAAGCAUUUAUCAUUCAUUCAAUAAUGUCUCUUUGUAAAAAACAUGCUUAUAAGUAAAAGAACACAUUGUUUUUAUAACUUAUUUGAAAUUUUAUGUUCUGGCAUUUUAUGCAAAGAACAUUUUGGUUUAUUUUAACUGAAAUCAAGUCUAGAGGGUGCAAUCAUUGAGUGUUUUGUGUAGAUUAGCUACCUCAAUAGAUAGCUUUACGGAAAUAUUCAAAUGUUAUGCAUACUUUUGAAAUGAAGGUUGUUCUUGAUGAUUUGAAAGCUUUUCCUAGGCUUGCCUGACAAAGCAACAUGUAAUGUAUGCAGACUGGAUACAAAUUAUUUUAGUUCAUUCAUUAAUAACAUGGCAAUGGAAAAACUCAUCACUAGGUUCCCAGGUAAGAAACAUCCAUAAAUUUGAAUAUAUUAUGAAACCAUUCAAUUAAAACCAGAAUUCUAAACCUAUAAUGUACAUUUUUCAAAAUUAAGAGCACGUGGUCAAAUGUACUGUCUUUUCGAUGGUAGAGUAUUCAUGAAGACAGCAUGCAUCAUCAUUUAGUGUACUGUAAAGUAUCAUAGGACGUAUGGAUUGUAAAUAGUUAUAAUUUUAAGAACUUACAUUCCGUAGAACCUGUUUAUGUUUCAUGAGAUAGAUAUACAGUAUUAUGUUUGUAUUGGUACAUGUAUGUGUGUGUAGAGCAACUAUCGGUAUGCAGUCCAUAUUCUGUCUUUUUAGAAUAUAUUCUCUUCUCUUCAAUUGUAUUUGUUCACCUCCCUUACACACACAUCCCAGUUCCAACACAGAGCGAGAUGUCCUCAGUAAUCUCGCGAUCCUACCAGAAAGGAUUGUCUCCGUUUUAGUGUUGAAAUGUGUUAUUUUCUCUGUGGAUGGGGUGCUCGACACAGAAACGGUAUAGGUAGUGGACUAGGGUAUAUGCCAUGCCAAGCACAUGGACUUCAAGUACUGCACAAUCUUAUGUAGCUUAUCAUUUAUAGGCCUAAUCUCUAAUGCAGUAAACCACCCUAAUGGCUACAAAAUAAUGAGGAAGAUAAUACCGAGAUCAACAGAGUUAUUGAAUGAGCUCUGUUGUACUGGUGCCUUUAGCUUUUAACCUUCACACCUCUCUAUCCAGUGCAUUGUAUUUUGGUGCAGGCUUUUAUUUAGGAAAGGGUGCCUCCUCACAAUACAGUAGUGCUUUUUUAAAAUCUUAAGUGCAUGGCUUAACUUUACUAGGCCCAGUCUGUCAUAAAGCACCUCAAUGCUUACAAAGAAAGGACAAAGAUAUCUGGAUUAACAUUGUUAAUGAA